GGGGCGGCCCGGCGGGGCGCGCCGGCACCGCCUGCCACUCCCAACGGUCGCGCUGCCGCCGUCGGAGCCGGAGCUGGAGCCGCCAUGAACGCUGACCCCGUGGUGUUCGCCGCCGCCGCCAGGACCGCUGUCGGUUCCUUCAAUGGUGCCUUGUCGACGAUGCACGCCCACGAGCUGGGCGCCGUGGUCAUCAGGGCGGUGCUGGAGAGGGCGAGCAUCAGCCCCGCGGAGGUGUCGGAGGUGAUCCUCGGACACGUCUUGGCGGCAGGUGCUGGUCAGAACCCUGUUCGGCAGGCAAGUGUUGCUGCAGGAGUUCCUUACUCUGUGCCUGCUUGGAGCUGUCAGAUGAUAUGUGGAUCUGGUUUGAAGGCAGUAUGUCUGGCUGCUCAGUCCAUAUUGAUGGGAGAUUCCAGCAUUGUGGUUGCAGGAGGCAUGGAAAGUAUGAGCAAGGCUCCUCAUGUAAUUCAUAUGCGAGCUGGAGUGAAAAUGGGAGAGGCUUCCUUGCAGGACAGUAUAAUCCAUGAUGGCCUUACAGAUGCAUUUUAUCAGUAUCAUAUGGGUAUAACAGCUGAAAAUGUAGCCAGUCAGUGGCAAGUUAGCAGAGUGGAGCAAGACCAACUUGCUGUACAGUCACAAAACAGGGCAGAGGCAGCACAGAAAGCUGGACAUUUUGCAAAAGAAAUUGUUCCUGUUCUUGUACCUUCUAGAAAAGGUCCUAUAGAAGUUAAAACGGAUGAACACCCUCGACAUGGGAGCAACUUGGAAACAAUGUCAAAGUUAAAGCCGUGUUUUCUGACAGAUGGAACUGGCACAGUAACAGCAGCUAAUGCUUCAGGCAUAAAUGAUGGAGCUGCAGCUGUAGUUCUUAUGAAGAAAUCAGAAGCUGCUAGGAGAGGUCUUAUGCCUUUAGCCCGGAUUGUAUCUUGGGCUCAGACAGGUUUAGAUCCAUCCAUAAUGGGAGUAGGACCCAUUACAGCAAUAAAGCAAGCUAUUGACAAAGCUGGCUGGACUCUGGAACAGGUUGACUUGUUUGAAAUAAAUGAAGCCUUUGCAUCACUGUCUCUUGCAAUAGCAAAAGAACUGAAAGUAAAUCCAGAAAAGAUUAAUAUCCAAGGUGGGGCUAUUGCUCUUGGCCACCCUCUUGGUGCCUCUGGUUGUCGUAUCCUUGUUACUCUUCUGUAUGCACUGGAAAGAACAGGUGGAAAACGUGGCGUUGCUGCUCUGUGUAUAGGAGGAGGGAUGGGAAUAGCUAUGUGCAUUGAGCGAUGAAUGUGUUCUUUAUGUGCUGAUCAGCUCUUAAAUAAUUUCAGCUUACUAAUAAACUCUAAAGAUGCUU